AUGGCCUCUGAUCAAACAAACAUGUCUGAGCUAUCUCUACUAGAACAGCUGAUAAAUUCAAGAAACAGGCCACUAUCUCUAUUCUCACCCAUCACUCUCCCCUUAACAAACCCCCAAACCACCACCAACCCAGAUCAAGAUUCCCCAGAAAGAUCCGACCCACAUGACCGGAUCAUCCUGCUCAACCCUCUAACCCAGAGCGUGGUGAUGAUCGAUGGCAGCGCGUGGCGUAUCCACGCGCUGCUAAACGACCUCAUAACCUCCAAAGAGGGCCCACCACCAGCUUCAAAAGCAUCCAUAGAAGCCAUGCAAACUGUUGAGCCUCAAGAAACUGAUGAGUGUGUGAUAUGCAUGGAGGGGUAUAUGGACACAGUAGCUAAACAAAUGCCUUGUCAGCAUGUUUUUCAUGGGGAGUGUGUUGAAAAGUGGCUUAAAAUUAAUGGGUCUUGUCCUGUUUGCAGAUUCAAUAUGCCUGUGGAUGAUAAUGAAAAUAAUCACAAGAGUUUUUUUGGUGAUGAGGGUGGGAGAAGAAGAGAAAUUUGGGUGAGUUUUGGUAUGAAUAGUACUAAUACAAGAAGUGGGGACUCUAAUCAAAGGGAUGAUAAUGAUAAUGAUUCUGAUGAAGCUCAGAGAGUGAUGGAAAAUUAG